AUGCUUUGUGAAAUUUGGAAAAAAAAAAAAAAAAAAAAAAAAAAAGCAACCAAGAAAAGUCUGCCGAUUUGUACAAAUAUGCAUCCGAUUUUUGCCAUUAUAUCGUUUGGUUUUUUUGGUUUCUUUUCUUUGGCAAUGAGUGAGAUGAUGUCAUGCGGCAUCGCCGCGAACCCGGUGCUACAUGGUCAUCCUGGGAGCCAAACGUCUCGAGAUCCACGGAAAGAGUGGAUGGAUAGAUGGGGGGUUGCGCGAAGUGGGAAAUCUGUGCUCACCCCCUCCACGGUUAUAACGGCGUGGCAGGUGAUUCGGGUCUUAUGA